AUGGGCUCCAGCAAUCCUCCAAACCACACUAGGAGCUCAGGACACCCUGGUCUUGGUGGCAGCAGAACAGCCACCGCGUCUGCUGCUGUUCUCCGCCUGCGCUCGGUCCUUGUCCUGCUGUUCCUUGUCCUGCUGUGCCACUCCGAGGACAUGAACUCCUACUGCAGACCCGCUGCAGGGAUGGUGAGGACGAUGCCAGCCCGAGCCAUGUCCCCGGGCACCGUCCUGCCAGCACAGGGCGGCUCUGAAGGAGGCACCACCAAGGAAACAAGCUGGAACAACAGAGCUGAUAAAACAGAUUUCCUAGAGAUCUGCAUCUCUAGGGGUCUGAGCAGAAAAUGGUGUGUUUACAGGGACAGGAAGGAGUGGGCGGAUAUCGAGCCCGUGCCUCAGAACGACGGACCAAAUCCCGUGGUGCAGAUCAUCUACAGUGAGAAAUUCCGAGAUGUGUAUGAUUACUUCCGGGCCGUUCUGCAGCGGGAUGAAAGGAGCGAAAGAGCUUUCAAGCUGACUGCAGAUGCCAUCGAGUUAAACGCUGCAAACUACACAGUUUGGCAUUUUCGGCGAGUCCUCUUGCAGUCUUUGGGAAAAGAUCUCCAUGAGGAACUUAAGUAUAUUACAGCUAUUAUUGAAGAUCAGCCAAAGAACUACCAAGUCUGGCAUCACAGACGGGUACUGGUCGAAUGGCUGCAGGAUCCAUCUCAAGAACUUGAGUUUAUAGCUGACAUUCUUAACCAGGAUGCCAAGAAUUACCAUGCCUGGCAGCACAGACAGUGGGUUAUUCAGGAGUUCAAGUUGUGGGAUAAUGAACUGGAAUAUGUAGACCAGCUUCUGAGGGAGGAUGUGAGAAACAACUCUGUUUGGAACCAAAGGCACUUUGUAAUUUCCAACACCACGGGCUAUGAUGACCCAGCAGUCCUGGACAGAGAAGUCCAGUACACCCUCGAGAUGAUCACAGCAGUACCACAUAAUGAGAGUGCUUGGAACUACUUGAAAGGGAUUCUUCAGGAUCGAGGUCUUUCAAAAUACCCAAACCUAUUAGAGCAGCUGUUGGAUAUACAGCCCAGCCACAGUUCACCCUAUCUGAUUGCCUUUCUUGUGGACAUCUAUGAAGAUAUGCUUGAAAAUCAGUGUGAUAACAAGGAAGAAACACUAAACAAGGCAUUAGAGCUGUGUGAAAUUCUGGCUAAAGAAAAGGACACCAUCCGAAAGGAAUACUGGAGAUACAUUGGAAGAUCCCUCAAGAACAAGCACAGCUCGGGGACUGAACAGAGCUUGCCGACAGACAAGCAGCAGUAACCCAACAUGGAA